AUGAGAGAUACCUUUCGUUGGAAGAAAUGGCAGAUGUCCCCAAAGGACAAGAGUGAUCCCACUGAGGAAGAUCCCAUUGAAGAGUAUGGAUCCGAUGACGAGGACAAGAGUGAACAACAAGCCAACAAGACUCCUGGUCGCUCCAAGGCUUCGAAGAAAAGAGGAACUCCCCAGACUUCUAUUGGUUCUUCCAAGCGUCGUGUUCGUACUCCAUCUUCAGUUUCCACUGUUGGAAGUGGUAGGGGCACUAUGAAAGAUCCCGUUGUUCCAGCUGGAGUUUUCGACAGUGACAAUGACGAUGAUGACAACUUGCCUCCAGUGGCUCGAAAGAAGAAGACUCUUGAUGCCAAGACCCAACUUCUCUUUUGUCAACAGCCCAGUCAAGCUGAUGCCUGUCCAUCCUUGUCAUCCAUGUCGUCGUCUGACAGUGCUCGUGCUCGACACAAUGACAUUCAAGCCCUCCUUCUAAGUGGCAAGUUCACACGCCAUUCCAGUGACAAGGACGAGGAGGACAAAGAGAACUGAAAAAAUAACGAAGUUUUAUUUUUAAGGCUACACCUCGUCAGACGAUCCGCUGAACGGUGCCGUGACG